UGGAGCGGAGCCGCGUCUGGACCAAGUUGCGCGCGUCGUGCCUGAAAGUAGACGUUUGCGUUGUCAAGGUGCGACUUUUUCCCGCGAAACUUCGCUCGACAGUGGAUUCAGAUGGUGCGCGAGGCGCAACGCCGCGGAGCGGAGCGACGGCUGUUCGGCGGGCGGAUGGAGAAAUAACCGACCAGACGGAACGUCCGGAGGACCCGACCGGCUGGCAGUUGAGGGAUUCCUGUUCGCUGUGGGAUGUUAAUGGACUGGUGGCGAGUUGAGGCUGAAGGAGCAUGGUGAAACACCAACCCUUACAGGUCUACGAGAAGCAAGUGUUUUUGUCCUUUGUAACCGGUAUCUAUGGUUGCCGUUGGAAACGCUAUCAGCGUUGCCAUGAUGACAGCUCCAAGUGGGAGUGCACAUGGUUCGUCAUCUUGUGCAGCUCUUUCUUCCUGCUGCUCUUCUGGGCCUACUUCUGGUUGGUGGCUCAAAACGAUUACAACGAAUUCAACUGGUCAUUGUACAAUCGCUCUGGAGAAUGGAGGGAUGAGACUGCCCCCAUUCUUGCAUCUACAGCUGUGGGAUUCAGUUACAUUACAUUCCUAAUGAUUUUAGCACUUUUCCAUAUUUCCUUGGGGCAGCAGCUGAACCUCUACUGGGUUCACAAGAUAGGAGUGUUGGCUACUCUUCUCACCACUAUCUCUGGUGUGGUGUCUGUUGAUGACAUAUGGGGAGAAGAGUGGGACAUCAUCCUUUUAUCUCUACAGUUCACAGCACCUUUCCUCCACAUAGGAGCCCUGACAGCGGUCACCGCUCUGGGCUGGUUGGUGGCGAGCUAUGCGGUCCGCAGGGAGCGGUCCAACUUCCAGAUGUUGCUGCUUCUGAUCUACGUAGGCAUCCUCCUGGCUCUCUACUUAGCACCACUCACAUUUAACUGCCCUUGCAUCAUGGACCGCAACGGCCUCAAACCGCCGCCUGACAUCAUCGGCCGUCGGGGAGCUCCCAUGCUGGCUCCAGAGAACACCCUGGUAUCCUUCAACCGGGCCCUGCAGCAGGGGGUCAGCUCACUGGAGGCGGACGUCACCAUCAGUUUGGACGGCGUUCCCUUUCUGAUGCGGGAUCGCACGCUGAGGAGGACGACGGACGUCAGUAAGGUCUAUCCAUCGAGACAAUAUGAUGAUGCCUCGUUCUUCAACUGGACAGAAAUGCGCUCUCUGAAUGCGGGCCAGUGGUUUUUGGAGAGCGAUCCCUACUGGACAGUAAGCUCCCUGACGAUAAAAGACCGGAGCAGAAUAGGGAACCAGACGGUGUGCAGCCUCGUGGACAUGCUGCGCCUGGCAGCCAAGGCCAACCGAUCCGCCCUGCUCAACAUUCGCAGGCCUCCGCCCGAGCAUCCGCGCUACCGCAGCUGGUUCAUGGACACGCUGUGGGCCGUCCAGAGGGCGGGCUUGUCCCAGAAGAGGGUGAGGACUGUGACGUGGACCCCUGACACGGAUAGGGGGAGGGUGCGGGGUCUGCAGCAGUCGACAAAUGAGAAGCUGUCGGUGGAGGAAAUAAGACAGAGGAGCAUUGCCAGCCUGACCCUCCACUACAGCAAGCCCAGCCGCGAAGACAUAGAGGAAUAUCUGGCCCAUAAUGUGAGUGUGACCGUCUACCCAGUGAACGAGCCCUGGCUCUACUCCGUUUUGUGGUGUAGCGGGGUACCUUCUGUGUCCUCCGAUGCCCCCCAAGUCCUUGGAAAGGUGCCUUACCCCAUCUGGCUCAUGAGCCAGAGUGCUUACUUCUUUAUCUGGAUCGCCUCGGAUCUGGUCUCCAUCGCCAUAGUCAUAGGAAUAUUCUCUUUUCAAAAGUGGAGGGUGAGCGGCAUGCAGAGUUACAACCCCGAGCAGAUCAUGCUCAGCGCGGUGCGAAGGCCCAGCCGGGACGUCAACAUCAUGAAGGAGAAGCUCAUAUUCUCAGAACUCAACAACGGGGUGGGUAGCACAGAGGAGCUGUCUUUAUACCCCGAGAACGGCUAUGCGAGCUACUCUCACGGCAGCCUCAGCCGCUGAAUUCUGGGCUUGGCCGCGGGUCGUAAACAGCGGGACGCUGACUUCUCGUCGAACCUUUGGACUCGGACGUUAUUGUCAUGUCAGAACUUAAAGGAAGAUUCUGUUUUUGUCUGUGUGAAUGCUCAGAUGGCACUUGGGCCCAAGCUCAGGACCGGGUGAGGCCCGGGUGUGUGCGGUUGGUUUCCGCUGCCAGCGCUCAGUCAGCGGGAUGACGGACACGUCGUUAAAGCGUGGCCACUGUAAUAUAACGUAACACUGCUUCAUGCUGCACCUAUUGUCGUUGUCCUCACGAUAGCCACUAGUUCUGCUGCACGCAGGCCAAGUUGGCGUGGCCUGCGUGCAGCAUGCCGUGCUGCACGCAGGCCACGUUGGCGUGGCCAUCGGGAAACUACUACACUUUCCAGGUUAGCCUGAUUCACCAAGACGCUAAAGAGCCACCUGGAUAUCAGAAACAGAUCAUCUCUUAUCCAACCGCUUGCUUGAGUGACCUUGUCAAAUGAUGCAUUUUAGGCAAUUAUGGAUGUAAUGUUUUAUUUUUCAACAUCACCUUCUUUGUUGUUGUUUUUUUGUAAAAGGAAAAGCACUGAGUACUGAACUAUAUGUUAAUGUAAAUAUAAGCAGUUUUACAUUCAAUUUUCCCCUCUGAGAGGAUUUUUAAUGGUUUGCAUUUCUGAAUUGUAUGAUAUUUUCUGGCUGCAUUUAUUGUCGAUAUUUCUGAAUGUUCUUUCCUCGGUGUAAAAGACUACGAAUAAGACUAAAGGGUUAUGACGCUGAAUGACAGCCCCCUACUUCUCCCUAGUACCGUUCUAGUUGGGUGAGGGUCUUGGCUGGAGCAUCUGUCAGUCGGGACAUUGUGGUUCAAGUUCAACUCUUGCUCUUUUCCGCCUCUUCCCUGUCAUGCCAUGAUCGGUUCCUAUUAGUGGUUGUCAAUACAAACUCUCACAUGGCUGCCUUUUUGUUAAAUGGACAGAUUCGUAGCAUAUUGCAGAGGUAGCAUAAUAUGUCACAAAUCCUAUUUUAGCAUUGUGGACCAGCUAACUGAAAUAUAAUAAAUAUUUGCUCUUUAAGAAAUGUGUUUUUUUCCCCAUCCUGUGCAAAGCGCGUAGAACAGGCAUGGCGGCCAUAUACACACAAUGGGAAUAAAAGCUGAAAA